AUGCAACGGCGAUCGUCGUUACGUGGAAAUACCAAAAACCCUUUAAGUAAAUCAAAGAGAAAGGGAAAACAAUAUUCUAUUGAAUUUUCUUCUCAAAAUGCCAAGCGACGCCGAGAUACCCGUACUUUGCCGGAUGAAGAAAUUGAAGCCAUAUCUGAUGAAGAAUCUACGCCUAUAAGCUCCGAUUCGUCCUUUUUAUGGUUUGAGAAAUACCAACCUACAGAGUCAUCUGAACUAGCCGUACAUAAAGGCAAGGUCAAUGCUAUUCGACAAUGGAUGUCGGAAAGUAUUUCUCAUAGUCGUUUACUUGUAUUGUCCGGCCCUCCCGGAUGUGGUAAAAGUAUUACCGUUCGUCUUUUAGCGCACGAGAUGGGUGCUAGCCUUGUUGAAUGGUCGAAUCCGAUGGACACAAGAUUUAAAAAUAAUCAAGAGCAUGAUCAUGAUCAGUUUUCACUGACAGAAAAGUUCCAACGUUUUAUGUCUUUAGCAGAAACGUAUCCUGAAUUGGAAUUAUGUUCAACAACAAAAGCUCCGAAAAAGAAGGAUCCUUCAAAAGUCAAAAAAUUUAUUCUUUUAGAUGAAUUACCAUAUUUAUCAAAACAAACUGGCACGCUACAAAUGUUUCAGGAGGUCCUGCUUUCCGCUUUACAAUCUAGAGGCUCAUAUUCUAUUAUUCUAGUCCUGACAGAGACUAAGCAAAUUAAUUCAGAGGGAAAUAACUUCCAAGAAAAAGAAUUGAAUUAUGGAACACAAAUCCUUGGCCCUGAAUUACUAGAGCAUCAUCAUGUUUCCAUCAUACCAAUGAAUCCGAUUGCUACAACGUUUAUGAGGAAAGCAAUAGAUAACAUAUUAAAAAAGGAAAAAAUCCCAAUUCAAUCCAAAAGUUCUCCAUUUAUUCAAGAGUUAAUAACCGCUAGCGAAGGUGACUUAAGGAAUGCCCUGAACGCUCUUCAGUUUUAUUUACCUAAAAAGAAUCGGCAAAGCCAUUCUAAUGGAAACAACAAAAAAUCUAAGAACCAGUUGGAAGUAUCUAUAGAAGCCUCCGAAAUGCUGGAUAGGAUUGCUAGUAGUAAAGAUUCCCUCUACUCUGCAAUGCCAACUAUUCAAUAUAAACAGGAGGAUAAUGAUGAUAAACGAAAAGAGUUUCAAAAGGAUAUCGGUUUAGGAAUGUUGCAUGCACUGGGAAAAGUCGUCUGGAAUAAACGAGAAGGAGACGAUGAAAUACUCUCAUCAAAGUCUGAAACGCCGCCCAAUCUCCCAUACGUGAAAGAAGAGCACAAAAAAUUAGGACAUGAAUGUGAGUUAUUUGGUUUGGUUUCAGAAACGAACGCCGUAGAGAAACGCCCAAGUUUGGUAGACAUCAAGACAACGAUUGAGCAGGCAGGCCUUUCAGGAUCCAUGUUUCGUUAUGGUAUUUUUGAGAACUAUACUGACUCCUGCCUAAAUCAGAUGGAAGCCCAUUCUGUAUCUGAUAUUCUGAGCUUCGCUGACACUAUGGCAAUUGAUUACCCGUAUUCAUAUCGAGCCGACGAAAUGUCUCUGUGGUUUGCUAUCCAAGGCACCCUAUGGUACCUUCCAUCACCAGUUCCUCGAAAAUGGAGACAGCUUAAAUUCCGUAGAUGGCGAGAAGAGGAUAUUCCCAACAAGCCUUUAGAUGACUAUUUGGCUAUUUACGGAAAAUCCUCGACAAUUGAUCAUGUUCAAACGCUCAUUAACAAUGAAAACCAAGCCUUAGAAGACCCCGACGACCCUAUUGAAGAUGAUGAUCCUACUUAA